AUGAGAGAUCCGCCCCUUCCUUUAACACUCCCUUUCUUUCCUCAUCAUCCUGUUUCUAUUAUAUGGCUUUUAUACAAGAUUUAUAAGGGGUUUCAACCCCAACGUCACUAUAAAGGCAUACUUGACGUUGCAACUGCCUCAGUAUGGGUGACAGAUGCAUCUACUAUAGAUCAACUAUGGAGGUGUGGAUAUUUUGGAAAAGGAAAUUUAAGUCGUAGUACAUUAACGUGGUCAAAACGAAUACAACGAUUAUUUGGAUGGGUUAGUUCAAAUGAGGACUUAACAACUGAAGAACGCACUCAACAAAGACGUCAAGAACGUUUGGAAUUUAAACAUCAGAGGGGCUUAAUUGAGAUGGAAGCGAUUGAUAGAAUUAGAAUUGAAGAAGGGAAAGAGAAACAAAAUAUAAUUGAAGAUAAUAGAAGAAUAACUAGAAGAGAAAAUUAUACAAGAAUAGAAGCUAAAAAGACAGAAAAAUUAGAGAAAUCUAUAUCAGAACUUGAACAUUUACAAUUACAUCUUGAAGAAGCAUUUUUUUUAAGCUAUUCUCUUGGAAUUUUAGAUAUUGAUGUUUCAAAAUAUUUUUCAAUCAAGAAUUCAAUGGAAUUAUUAUUGUUAUUCUGCUCUUUAUCAUCAAUACCGAAGACUGAAAAUGAAAUAGAUGUAGAUAACUCAUUUCUUAUAUCAUAUGUCGUAUAUCAUCAUUAUAGAUCAUUAGGAUGGGUUGUAAAGAAAGGUCUUAAAUUUGGAGUCGAUUGGUUAUUAUAUAAACGAGGCCCUAUAUUUUCUCAUUCAGAAUUUGCUGUUAUAGUAUUACCAUUUUAUCCAGAUAAUAGAAAGAAAGAAUUAUCAUGGCAUUGGUUACACUGUAUUAAUAGAGUUAUAUCUCAAGUAAAAAAAACGAUUGUAUUAUGUUAUGUUCAAAUCCCUUAUGAAACAGUUUUCAAAGACGCAAUUCAAACAAAAAGAAUAGAUCUGAUUCUAAAGAAAUAUAAAAUAAGAGAAAUAAGUGUCAAAAGAUGGCAACCUUCACGCAAUAGAAAUUAAUUUUAUUUUUGACCUAUAAUAAAAAUUCUAAGUUAUAUUGAUUCAUUGAUUUAUUAAAUAACAUGUCCUGAUCGGUAUUGUUCAACAAUUUGGCACGGAUCAUGCUCUUCUGACAAUGAUACACAUAUAUACCCUCCGUUUCCAAGAGAACAACGUGUUUGUGACGUAGGAAAUGGACAUGGACAAUUUGCUGGAUGAUUAACACAUUGCAAUGUAUCACUACAUAAAUAUUUUUGAUCUGAACAUGAAACUUUUGAAAUUAAUC